ACAAUUUUGAGUAUGUUCGUUACCCCUGGUUGUUUCCUGAAGUGGUCUGCUACUGUGGAUGAUAUUGUUGAGAGAACAUCAACCUUAAUCAGUCAUGCCGUUUCAGUAUAUGACAAAGUGGGAUCAUCUGAACCUGCUUCUUUUAAGUCAGUUGUUCUACUUAUGUCACUGUUUGAAGCUGAAUAUCAAACAGAAAAAAACGCUAUAGACUUCCUUCAACAUAUUUCCGCUUGUAAAGCUAUAAGAGACGCCAGUUAUGAUGCCACUCGUAGACUUUCUGAUGUGAAGGUUGAAUUAGAGAUGCGAAAGGACGUAUUUGAGAAGUUUGUUUCAGUUCAAAAAAAUAUAGAUCCAUCAUUCCCCGAUGAAUAUCGUCGUUAUGUUGAUAGAAAAGUUCAGCUCGGUCGGAGAAAUGGUCUUCAUCUGGAUGACGAUAAAAGGAAGUUGAUAGAAGCCUUGAAUAAGGAAGAAAAUCAAUUGUGCAUUGAUUUCCAACGUGCUCUAAAUGAAGAGAACACUUUGUUAGAGUUUACAGAUGAGGAAUUGACUGGAUGUCCUGCUGAUUUCAUUGAUGGUUUGAAAAAGCUCCCUUCUGGCAAACGUGAAGUAUCUCUCAAAUAUCCACACUACUUCCCGAUCAUGCAAAAAGCGUCUAAUCCAGAAACAAGGAGAACAUUAGAAACAGCUUUUAAUUCGAGGUGUGUUAAAGAAAAUUCACCCAUAUUGAAACGUUUAAUGGAACUACGAAAAGAACGUGCAACAGUUCUCGGUUUUUCUACACAUGCAGAUUUUAUGCUUGACUUAUAUACGACUAAAACUUCUGCGAAUAUUAGCGAAUUUUUAAAUAAUCUUGGUAAUAAACUCGAAAAACUCCGACUGAAAGAGAUUACUCGCUUACUGGAAUUGAAAAAAGAAGAGUGUGACCGUUUAGGAUAUACGUUUAAUAAUUGCCUAAAUCCAUGGGACACACGAUAUUAUAUGAAUAUGGUUAAAGAACGAGAUUAUUCCGUCGAUGAAGUGGCUCUAAAGAAAUAUUUUCCAUUGGCCACUGUAAAAUCAGGUAUAUUGCGAUUGUAUCAACAACUGCUUGGUUUAAGAUUUGAGCGUGUUUCAAAUGCAGAAGUUUGGCACGAAGAGGUAGAAAUGUAUUCAGUGAGUGAUUCUCAAUCUGAUAGUUUGUUAGGUUAUUUCUAUCUUGACCUGCAUCCACGUGAAGGUAAAUAUGGACAUGCAGCUGUAUUCGGUUUACAACCAGGAUGCCGUAGAUUGAUGAACUCCAAUAAUAUUACAGUGGAUGAACAUAGUCAUUCCCCAUCAUUGGAAACCUCUGAACGUCAAUUGGAUAUAUCAGCAAUGGUUACUAAUUUCACUGCACCAGAUAAAGAAACUGGCCAAUGCUUUCUAUUUCAUCAUGAAGUUGUGACUUUCUUCCAUGAAUUUGGUCAUCUUAUGCACCAUGUAUGUUCACAUACUGAAACAGCUUUAUUUAGGUAAGUAAAUGUUUCUAGAGAUUGAAAUGAAGAGUAAAUUUUGGUUAAAUAUACGUGAAAUUCAUUUAUUCCUGGUCUAUAGUUUUUGUAAUCAAGCGGAUUGGUGGCUCAGCAAUUAAAACGCUCGACUUUCAGCCACUAAGCCACUGGUUCGAACCACUCUACAAUUACUCAAUUUUGACAAAUGAGCUUAGAAUCUAUGACCCUCACUCAUAGAGUGUUUUUUGAAGCCUCCCAAAUUAUUAUGUACUUGGUGAAUCAGUUGAAUUAUGUCGUAAAUAUUGACAUUGGGUAGAGCUAUUCAUUGUGGUAGUCGGAAACGUAUGCUUUAAUAUGUACCUACGACGCUACGUUUCACACAAUGUUCAUAUUUCAGUGUUUUAUCACGUUAUCGAUGUUUAUUCAGUUGUUCGAUUAACAAUCUGUAACGAAUUAUUUUUCGUAGAUAACUAAUUAAUUAGUUAUUUAUAAUUGACCUCCCUUUCUAAACAUCAUUUUCAAUAUGGUUGAUACAAUAAAACCGACUUCAAAUAUAUAUGUAGUAUUUUUGUUUUCUUGCAACGUAGUUUCAUCGACAUAUUUCUUUUGCUGCUGAACUUCGUUUUGGGAUUCCGUUACUCAACAGGCUAAUGUUUCUUUACGAAAUUGUCCUCCAAUAUAAAAUUAAUUAUUUAUUUAGAGAAAUCACUCCUGUUUGUUAAUUUAGUUAAAACAAUGAACAGAUGGAGUUGAUUUGGAAAAAUGUAAUGCAUUUGUGUUAUGCAUUUCAAACAAUCUGGUCACACGUAUACUUGUCAACGCACUUAUACAUGAAAACUAAUAGUGAUCGAUAGAAUGGAAUCACCGACAGACAUCAAUUGAUAGUUGUAAAUAAAGAUCAUAUGGAAAGAAUAUAAAAUUGUUACAUCACCAUCUUACCCUAUAAAAUAGCUCAAAGGUUGAUUACCAGGGAAGACUCAGGGUUACGAAAAAUUAGUUCCGUAAACAUAAAGGCGUUUGAAUUUGCGAAUAACCAAGGAUACUAUAAACCUAAGAAUUCAUCCAUGACAAUUUCUACACAAUGUUUUAAAAGUUGUGUUAAUGUAAAUUGUAUGAAGAGUGGAAUAGAGAAGGGAUGACAAAAUACUGAAGCUACUUUUUAUGAGAUACUGUUUCGCUUAAUUGAAAGUCUGUUUUGUGACUUUUUAUUCCGAAACCUUGCCCUUUUGUCUUUACAGCUACGGUUUGAUCUGGAAAUGGAAUGUAAAAGAUCUCCGUCACGCUCUCUGCCUUAUGCUCGGCCAGCAUUUUAGGGAAGCGUUCAAAGCCUUGCGAAGUAUGAAACAACCACUUGCAUCUUCCUCACUAUUCACCUACAAUUUAUUACGAAGUCGGAUCAAGGACUUUUAAGGUUUUACUUCAUCUGUCGUUACUGUAAUUAAUUCUAGUGUUUUUCUAGAAACUUUUCAGUAUCAUAAAACUGUUCUUCAUUUAAAGCAGUUAGUCCCCUUCAGGUGUAUAGCAAUGAGAUGUCAUUCAGUCAGCUACAACGUAAGACCAGGCACGUAUAUGCAUCUUUCAAAAUUACCACACAUAAUUAGCUCAACAAGAUGACCACCAAAUUUAUAGAAGUAAUUACUUCAAUGGUAGUAAUAUGUAAAAGAAAGAUUACAUAUAAGGAUAUGGUGUUGUGGUGUAUGCUACUUAUGUUUGCCGAUAUAAUUAGUAUGUAACACCAGUCGAAAGUGAAAUGUCUGCGAACAGAAAGUUGAGAAGAUUAGAAUGCAGAGGAGAGAGAAGGAAAUUGAAAGUAAUCAAGAUAACAACGAGAAUGAAGGGACGGUGAGGCUUGUAAUAGACGAUUCAGAGAUGAUGUGCAAAUCAUAUAUGAUUUUCACAUUUUGUUAAACCACUGUGUGACCGUGCAUUAAAAAAUAAAUUGGUUAUCCCCAUCUGAGUGUUCAUUCACUACACUAUUUCUAAACUCAUUUAGACUCAUCAAGAUGUUUUAUUCAUUGACGAGAUUACUUUAGGGUCGACGGAGAUAGACUUACUCUGUAUAGUAGAAUCCAAUGAGGAUUUUUAAUCCUAAUUAGACAUCAGAUUGUGUGAAGGUGUAUACCCCUUGAAUAUUGGAUUUUGAACUAGAGACAAAGCAUUGAUAACAUUUACACCAUGAUGAAUAAAGACUUAAGUUAUCCCGUUGUUGAUAUUGUUGACUGAAUUUUGGUCAGUCGUUGUUGACAUAUGUGUAUCGUGUGUAGACUAUCUCGAUAUAACCACUUUGUCGUAAGUCUUAUGGACUCGAUGCGUUGUUGUUAGCAGUAGUGAAUAUCAAGAACGAGAUAAUUCUAAACCCUUACCAUUAAUGGUUAUGCAAACUCACUAGCUCAUGGAAUAGCAAUUUUGGCGUUUUGAGUAGAACAUACUGAGUGUGUGCCCCAAUGUGACCAUCGAUAUACUGUAAUGAAUGUAGAUUGAGCUACGACGAGUCUCAAAUAGGAAGAUGACACGGGCGUUCAAGAUUUCACUGCUCUUUACUGUCCAUUUAUUAUGUUGAUAACAUUUGUUCUUAUUUACUUGUUGUUGUUUUUUUAAUCUCUGAAGUGGUACAGCUGUAGAAACAGAUUUUGUUGAGUGUCCAUCACAAAUGCUGGAAAAUUGGGUAUGGAAUGUUAACGGACUGAAAGCGGUACUUGGUACAAAUGAUGAUCCAAUUCCAAAAGAUUUAUUAGCUAGUCUAAUUAAUUCACGUAUAGCAAAUGCUGGUCUAUUUUAUUCUCGACAAAUACUUUUAGCCUCAUUCGAUCAAGCCAUUCAUACAACGAACUGGGAAGUGAGUUUGAUGUUUUUUGGAUGAUCCUCUAGUUACUUUUACGAAUUUAAGUGAAAAAUGGUUGGGUAUUCAACCGAUACCAGAUACUUUUUGGCCUGCAUCUUUUGUUCAUUUAACUUGUGGUUAUGAUGCACGUUUCUAUAGUUAUUUAUUGAGUAGAGUAUACAGCACUGAUAUGUUUGAAUCACGUUUUCAAUGUGCUAUGGAUAGUGGUUGCUUAAGUAAAUCAGUUGGAAGAGAUUAUCGUGAGAAAAUUCUCCGUCCUGGUGGUUCUAAAGAUGCUGCAGAUAUGUUGAAAGAUUUUCUUGGACGUGAACCAAAUGAUGAUGCUUUCUUCAAAUUAUUAAAUGUUAAUUUACCAUAAUUGAAGUCAUUUGUCUUUCAACUUUUAUUUUGUAAAGAGAUUUAAUUAUUUUUAUUUGAUUCCUUAUUGUUUCUUAUUUUCAAUAAAAGUUUUUCCC